GUUUUCUAAAUUUCUCGACAUUAUGGAAAAGGUUCUGUUAGAGCAAGGCUAAUUAAACAGCUGGACUGCAUUACUGAAGACAAAGGUUACAUGCUAAAAUAGCAUACAAGGACUUUUCUUUGAACGAUUUUUGGAUUCCUACUGGAAUUGUUUUUGCCUCUUCUUAUUCGUGGAUGCAAUUAAAACUGUUGGAGAGAGUGGGAAUAAAAGUGGACUGAUCACAAAAGACUUGAUAUUGUUCUAAAAGGAAAAAGGCCGCGACCACUUGAGUAAUGGUCGUUAAUACGAUCCACUGGUUCAGGAAGGGCUUGCGGCUUCACGACAACCCGUCGCUCAAGGAAUCUCUGCUGGGAGCGGACACUGUCCGCUGCGUCUACAUCCUUGACCCCUGGUUCGCGGGAUCGUCCAACGUUGGGAUCAACAGGUGGAGGUUCUUGCUGCAGAGUCUUGAGGACUUAGACUCCAGCCUCCGAAAGCUCAACUCUCGUCUGUUUGUGAUACGAGGCCAACCCACUGAUGUCUUUCCCAGGCUUUUCAAGGAAUGGAAGAUUACUCGUCUGUCAUAUGAGUAUGACUCUGAGCCCUUUGGGAAAGAACGAGAUGCAGCUAUUAAGAAGCUGGCCUCUGAGGCUGGAGUGGAGGUGACUGUUCGCAUCUCCCAUACACUCUAUGACCUGGACAAGAUCAUAGAGUUGAAUGGGGGUCAGUCGCCCCUCACCUACAAGCGAUUCCAGAGCCUCAUCAGUUGUAUGGAUGCAGUGGAGGUGCCCGCAGAGUCCAUCACAGCUGAGAUCAUGGGAAAAUGCACUACGCCACUGUCUGAAGACCAUGAUGACAAGUUUGGGGUUCCCUCUCUGGAGGAACUGGGUUUUGAUACUGAGGGUCUGUCUUCAGCUGUGUGGCCAGGGGGAGAGACCGAAGCCCUCACCAGACUUGAGAGGCAUUUGGAGAGGAAGGCGUGGGUGGCCAACUUUGAGCGUCCCAGAAUGAACGCCAACUCACUGCUUGCCAGCCCAACCGGCCUCAGCCCAUACCUGCGCUUCGGCUGCCUCUCCUGUCGCCUUUUCUAUUUCAAACUCACAGACCUCUACAGGAAGGUGAAGAAGAACAGCUCCCCCCCUCUUUCACUCUACGGUCAGCUGCUGUGGCGUGAGUUCUUCUACACAGCGGCCACCAACAACCCCUGCUUUGACAAGAUGGAGAAUAACCCCAUCUGCGUUCAGAUCCCCUGGGACCGCAACCCUGAGGCACUGGCCAAAUGGGCGGAGGGCCGGACCGGCUUCCCCUGGAUCGAUGCCGUCAUGACCCAGCUGAGGCAGGAGGGUUGGAUCCACCACCUGGCCAGACAUGCCGUGGCCUGUUUCCUGACUAGAGGAGAUCUGUGGAUCAGCUGGGAGGAGGGCAUGAAGGUGUUUGAGGAGCUGCUGCUGGAUGCAGACUGGAGUGUGAAUGCAGGCAGCUGGAUGUGGCUCUCCUGCAGCUCUUUCUUCCAGCAGUUCUUCCACUGCUACUGCCCUGUGGGUUUUGGUCGACGCACAGACCCCAAUGGAGAUUACAUACGGCGCUACCUGCCCAUUCUGAGGGGAUUUCCAGCCAAGUAUAUUUAUGAUCCCUGGAAUGCUCCGGAGAGUGUGCAGAAGGCAGCCAAAUGCAUUAUUGGUGUGCAUUACCCCAAGCCCAUGGUGCACCAUGCAGAAGCCAGUCGCCUCAGCAUUGAGCGAAUGAAACAGAUCUACCAGCAGCUCUCCUGUUACAGAGGCCUUGGCCUUUUGGCUACAGUUCCAUCCAACUCCGGUGGUAAUGGGAAUGGUAACGGUGAGACAUCAUCAGAUGGGAUGGGAUUCCCUGUUGAAGCUACACACAGUGCCACAACUGCGUCUAGCUAUCAGAUGCCGGUUCACUCCCAGGGAGACUGGCAAAGUGGUGUUAUGAUGUACCUGCAGGGGGGUCCACAAACCAGUAUCAGCACACAGCAGCAGGUUUCAGGUUGUGCAGGCAACAGUUCCAGCAUGAUGUGUUACAGCCAAGGCACCCAGCAUAUUCCUGCUCCUGUCAUUCAGAAAGGGCCUGAACACCACUCCACCACUCAGACCACUGGCAAACGGCACAGCAAGGAUUCUGGAAAUGGCAAAUGCUCUAAAGUACAGAAACAGAGUAGUCACUAGAAAGGACUGUAUGCAGACUUACUGACCGUUACGCUGUGUAUACACAGUGGACGCCAGGACUUUUUCAUUACAGCACUACAGUGUCGCAUGAACACACCUUCAAGAGGAGCAUCCAAAACCCAUCAUUAAACACAUUCACAAGUAAACGCUUCUCAAGUAAUCAGACUGUAUUUUAUCAUAUGGACUGCAUGGCCCAGGCAGUGCUGACAUGACCGGAGAGGGUGUUGUUACACUGUGCUUAUCUUUUGGUUAAUAUUGUUGGCAAAAAAAGUCCUUGUGUAUAUAUAGAAUUAGCUCAUUUCAGCUCACAUACAACUUGUACAUAUUUGGAUAUUGUAUGUGCAUUUUUUUUCUCUCUUUGUGUAGCCAUAGACCUAUUGAUAUAUUUUUGAUAUGGGAAAUCAUAGUGGAUUGAUCCUUCUUUUUGGAAAAUUUUCAAAAAGACCGUCUAUUCCAAAAAAAAAGGUGAGAAAUCCUGUAUCUCUGCUAAUACAGCUGCCUGUCCUCUCAUUUAUUCUACUUCCCAUUUUCUCCUUUUUGAGCCAGCCCAUGUAUCUCAACAGAUGUGUUAAUUUCUCAACAGAUGUGAUAAUUUCCUUUCUCUCAGUACUAGUUGGCUCGUUGUAUUCCUUACCACUGUAGAGACAGUAUCACUAUGACAUUAACUGUCAAUUUAUUUCCCUUAUCAGUGGUACGUACUUGAGAAAAGGUGGCAGAAAUACAGUCUUCAUACCAUGGUGUCCCCCCUGUAUAUUCCCCAGUAAACCUGCCACUGGAGAGAGCUGCUCCACUUAUUUCUUCUCAAUGUGUUUGUUUAAUUAAAACCUGGUUAAAGAGACAAAUGGUUUCAGUUGUGGGGGUUUUUUGGCUCCAAAGUGUUAAAUGUCAAACUGUUGUAUAUUUAAGCAAUGAAAUGAACCCGACUGAUGCGGUGCUUUUACUCUAAACCACAGUUAAAGGUAAUGCAGAUUGUGAUACAGUGCUGUACAUCAGUAACACAAAUUAUUCAGUCAUACUAAUAGCCCAUUGGUAGAUUUUAUACUGUACAUAAAGUCAGUAUAGGCAUAGGAUAGAUUGCACUGAAGACAUCAUUUACAAACUGACAAAAAAAUAAGGUAUUAAAAUACAUACG